AUGGCAAGAAUUGCAGAGGGCUUGCCGCGGGCUGGCUCGACGACUACCAUUACGACGCAGAGAAAGAAGAAGCCUAUUGAAGCGAAGGCGCUGACGACGGAGGUUCAGAUGUUGGCUGGUGCUGAUGUUUGGGGUCGUGCAGCAUUUGGGAGGUCGUGGCUGCGAUCUCUUGUUGGUGCAUCGCCUUUGUUUCUCGCACCGAUGGCUUCGAUAUCCAUAUUCAUCACAUUGGCCGAAUACGAGGGGUCACUAUCCCUCUUCGCAGACGCUGUGAAAAAACACGGUUUCUGGACCAUUUGUGCCCAGUACGGUCCUCACCUCACCACCAAAGGCAUCGCCGCAGUAAUCUGCUGGGUCGGAAUCCAAGCCCUUCUGUACUGCCUACUACCCGGAGAACAACACCAAGGCCAAUUAACACCAGCUGGCUAUCUCCUCAACUACAAAAUCAACGGCCUCUCAGCCUGGAUCGUCACGCAUCUCCUUUACGGAGUUCUCAGCUGGUUGGGGAUUCUGGACCCUGGCUUCAUUCCCCGCAAUUGGAGUAGCUUGAUUGGAGCUAUGAACCUAGCUGGAUUCGUUAUCUCGGCACUUGCGCUCGUCAAAGCGUACGUAAUGCCGACGCACCCAGAAGAUAGGAAGUUCAGCGGGUCCUUCCUAUACGACUUCUUCAUGGGCAUUGAGUUGAAUCCGCGGUUGGGUGAGAAUUUUGACCUCAAGCUUUUCAGUAAUGGCAGGGCUGGAAUGAUGGUGUGGACCCUGAUCGACUUUUCGAAUAUGGCGUAUCAGUACCAGAACCAGGGAUAUGUUGAGCCAUCGCUUAUCCUUGUCACCGCAUUGCAGACUCUCUACGUGGUAGAUUUCUUCAUUAAUGAAUCCUGGUAUUUGCGCACAAUCGAUGUCAAAUUCGACCAUUAUGGCUUCUAUCUCAGCUGGGGCUGCUUCUGCUUCUUACCAACAACAUACACGAUCCAAGGCCAAUAUCUCGGCCGCUACCCGUCAUCAGCUCCAACACCUUACCUAGCAUUCUUCUUCACCCUCGGAGUAGCAGGUUACAUCAUCUUCCGCUCCGUCAACCACCAAAAAGAAAUCGUGCGACGAACAGGCGGAAAAUGCACUAUCUGGGGUAAGCCGGCAGAAUGCAUAGUCGCAUCCUUCAGAACCUCCGAUGGUCGGCAGCACAGGAGUCUACUCCUCUGCAGUGGUUGGUGGGGAUGGUCUCGGCACGCGAAUUACCUGGGCGAUCUGAUUCUUAGCUUCAGCACUUGUGCGUUGGGUUGGGCGCCUUUAGACCCAGAGGAGUUCAAAACAAAAUACGAGGCUCUAGAGAAGAAGUUGAUGGAGUUGGGUGGUCGAAAAUGGCUCUACGCACAUACUUACUACACCGAAGAGCAAUUCCGGGAAUUAAACGAUCGCUGCUGGUACCAGGAGCUUAGAAAACGCUAUUUUGCCACAAUGUUGCCAACCGUCUACGACAAGGUGAAAAAGAGUGGCCUUGAUGCGGAUGAGAGGGAUGAAAAGGGUUGGGGACUCGGAACUUUGUUGAAUAAGUGGCCCAUUGGUGGAAUCUAUGGCAUGAUUAUGGCGUUUUACUCUGGGGAUAUCAAUUUCCAUCGACGAGCGAGAUGGAGUCCAACACGCCUGUAUCUUAGCCACAGUUAUGUUAUUCACAAAUACGUUCUGAUUAAUUGGGCUACCGUAAUGCUUCCCGACUCUAAUGCUGACAUGCAGAUCAAUAUCUUGGCAGACGGCGGCGUGCAUGAAGAUGACGUUUCAGAACUAAGCCUAAAGAAGACCCGCGCUUUCGUCGAAAUGGUAGAAAGGAGUUUCCAGUACCUCCCAAGGCUCAACUUCACCGACAGCCCAUUCAAACAAUUCACCAUCCCCCAGGACUGGAGAGCAUGGGAGGUCGCAUGGCUUUAUCGCCUACCUGCCAUCAUUACCCAUGCUAGCUAUCCUGCUAGGUUGAUCGAGAACGGAUGUAUCAUCGACAAUGUUACCAAUUGUCAUAAAGCGUGCGGAAGCGAAGAGCACAUGUUUUCAAAUCCCGAAACGCUAUGGAACUGCCUUACUUUGGCAACUGUUGCUAUGAUGUCUACCAAUCGUGGGCCCGAUACCAUCAGCAACCAGACAUUAGAAGAAGUGGGUAGGAAGUUUAACACCGGCCCGCUGGACGAGUUCUGGAAACUUGGUGCAUUGUUGAGCUACGUCAAAUGUGCGCUACAGUCUUGUUCAGACUCCAAGUUCGGCGGUUGUCCGCCGGAAUUGUGGACUUUUCAAUGCCAAAUGAUCACAUCUAAGAACAUCAAGGACUUGGGCAGAAUCAUGAGUACCGAGUACUGCGACAAAGCUGAUCCUGGAAUUGACUACGAUAUUGCAGGGCCUGGUAUCAUCGUGGCAUAUCUGAUUCAGUUCACGAUAGUCCUAUUCUUUGCUUUGUUCUACAAGAUCACCAAGACCUGGAUACGGAACUUCACACUGAUUUCACUUCUCCCUUUUCAAGGACCUGCUGCAGCCGUCGAGACAGCCUUUCAAUGGCAGAAAAUGGUUUCAAGAAGUACCUUUGGUGUUGCAGUAGCAUCAACACUUGUCGAUCUGCAAGAAGCUCAAGCUGUGUUUCUCGGCACUAUUUCUAUAGCCGCUAUCAUCACCUUCUCAAGUUCUAGCGGAACGGGACUUGGUAACAUCAGUUCACUCCUCUCCUGGCUGACAAACAACCUCACUGUGAGAGGCAUGGUGUCGGCAGGAAUGUAUCCCCUACUGUUUGUGCAGCUUAUUCUUCAAAAGACUCACAAUCGCUGGUGGUAUACACUUGUUCUUGUGUUUAUCAACUGGGUCCUUGUUGUGCUCAUUGCUAGGCCCCAGACUGUCGAUGAGCCUUCGCUAUUAGAGCACUUUACAGACUCAUCUCCUUUGGAACGCUGUGGGAAUCAUAGUGGGCCCAGGACGUUUUGUCAGACUUUCAACAAACCCGCCGAGAGAGGUUCUAGUUCCACUACGGGUGAAGAGUUAGGUCAUUUGGAUCGAGAUGCGGAGAGCUUCUUCAAGUUUCAUUCUAGGAUACAGGCACCAAUGCAUGUAAUUAUGGCAUUCCUGAUACUUGAUUGGAUCCUUGCCAUGAUUAGGAUGCACCUCUUCGAACGGGGUGACUGGUUAUCCCACAAAGCCCAUACUUUGAUGGAUAGCUUACCGUUGCGUCUGAAGUCGUUUUAUACCCGGAGGUACUUCAUGCUCUUCACAGAAGCUAUCUGGAUCUCCAUGGAAGCCCUCACUAUCGUCAUGGGCGCAAUUGGAGUACAUGAGUUUGCGGCAUUUAUGCAUCUACUCAGCGGCGGGGAAUCGGGCAACGAGAGCAAGGUUGCGCUGUCGAAAUGGGGUUUUGGACAACUGGUAGCAGUUUGCGUCUGGGUUCCUGUUAUCCUCAAAUUCGCUUGUCUCAUGGUGGACGGGGCUCUGCCUGGUUGGAGAAAGCGGUUGGGCCAAUUCAUCGAGAUUACGCAGCGCAAAGAAAACGACCCAGAUGGGAAUGAUGUUGUUAUGGAAACUUUGCUUCCAUCCAGGCCGACCAAGAGGGGCCAGACGGAUGAACAUUUUGUCGCGUUUCAUGCCACUAUGGCUUCAUCUAACCCUGAAAGAACUUACGCUCGUUGGUCUCUCCGAGACGUGCCUCAUACACCCGCGACAGACGUCCUUCCCAUUGGGCCUGGAGCAGAUGGAAUUGAGACGGUGUUUGACGAUGAUUCACGUAGAUUAGUUGAUCCGGCUCACAUCCAGCCUGGAGGGAAAUAUCAUUCUAUUGUCAAGCUCCAGAUUCAAUUCGAAGGCCAGGAUCCUAGUGACGCGCGUCAUGCUCAAGCUACAGGAUGGCUAAUCAUGCCCCAUCUCAUCAUCACCGCCGCACAUUGCGUUUAUGACCAUACAUACAACUAUGGCAAAGCUGUUCAUGUCCGUGCUUUUGUGGGAUACAAUGGCAAGAACUCUAUUGACCAGCCUAGCGUCCAAUUUCGCAGAGGUCUUAGGGCUGUCAUUCCGAAAGACUGGAUCAUCAGUGACACCAAUCGCGCCAGCGAUGUCGCUUUCAUCAAGGUGGAAGAAUUCAACAACAUUGUGCGUAUCAGCCAGCAACCCACUACAGGUUUUCUGAAUAAGAUGCUUUUGAGCGUGGUUGGGUACCCGUGCGACAAAUCCUUGGGCGAUGAACGGGGCGCGCAAAUGUAUGAGAUGACCAAAACAACAGAUUGCGAUCUAUCAAAAACCGCUUUUAACAUGCUGGAGCACACCAUGUCUUUUGCAGGUGGAACACAGCAACUGUGUUUCGAGGUAAAUUCGGAACCUACCUCAGCAGGCAUGUCUACUGUCAUGUAUGCCUUGGAUCGUGCUCCUGCUGGUAGCGAAGAUAUCAGAUACAUCAUGACCACGGGCCACCCGGAGGGCAGUGCGACAGAAGAGCCCCUCAGUGAUGUUAAAGCCUUUUGGGCAAUUUUCAAGAAGGUUACCAGCGUCGGCCAAAGAAUUGAUCAUUCGGUAUUACGAACUGGGUCCCCUUUCUUGGGCCAGAUGGGCAGUCCUAUCGCCGCCGUUGCAGGUACCGCACUCGGUGUCAUGGGCAAGCUUGGUUCAGAUUUUUCCAUCGAUAUUGGGUCCGUCCACUUCAAUUACAGGCAGGGUGCUGCCCGUGCCAUUGUUGCAGAGGCUGCUAUACAGACUGUCCUGAUGAUGGAUCCUCACAAGGCGAACGAGUUCAGAAUAUUCGACAAGAUGGAGGAUCAAUUCAUCGAGACGAAGGAUGUUGUUCCCAGGGUUGCAAAUCUCAUCACACCUGGUAUUAUUGAGUCUGCACUCCGGAUCUCAGUCAAUGCGCAGGCUGCGGGCGAGGAAAUGUCUAGACUCUACCCAAAGCUCCCUCCCGUGAGCAGCUCUCUGGGCGACGGUGCCAAAAGAUUUGUUGAGGCCUUCACCCGGUACACAAAUCAAGGCGAUGCCAAUGAGAUGUCUGAGUUUCUUGGAAGCAUCGUUGAAACCGCCUUAUCUGCUAGUUCUCCCAACCUCGACGGCAUCACUCGAGCCAUCGGCGAGUCUGAACUGAGCGUGACCGACAUGUCGACUCACGUCGAGAUUCUGUGUCACAGAGCUCUUAUUGGCGACACUGCUCUACAGGGUCUCAUAGCCAUACCUCUCGAUCAAAUGAUGCAGAAUGGUCUGUUUGAUCAUUUUGUCAGUACGGUUGGGAAGAUUGGAAGAACGGUCAUUGGAGUCGCUCCUGUUGUCAUUCAGAAUAUUUUGGACAAUAUCAGACGGGAGGAAUAA